CGCAGCCCCCGAGCGGAUCCCGGCCGCCCCUCGUCUCUCCCGGGGUUCUAGCAAAGCUCCCCGGGGUGCCCAUCAAUUUCCUUGAGUGACUACAGCGUGUGUUUGUGUUUCUUUCUUCCUUCCCCUCCCUGUGUGCCCUUCUCCAGGAUGGCAGAGGCAGAAUUGCACAAGGAAAGGCUGCAAGCCAUAGCCGAAAAAAGAAAGAGGCAGACUGAAAUAGAAGGCAAGCGACAGGAGCUGGACGAGCAGAUCCUGCUGCUGCAGCACUGCAAGUCCAAACUCCUCCGGGAGAAGUGGCUGCUGCAGGGGGUGCCUGCCGGGACCGCCGAGGAGGAGGAGGCCCGGAGGCGGCAGUCUGAGGAGGAGGAGUUCCGAGUGAAACAGCUGGAAGACAACAUUCAGAGGCUGGAGCAGGAAAUACAAGCACUAGAAAGUGAAGAGUCCCAGAUAUCCGCCAAAGAGCAAAUCAUCCUAGAGAAACUAAAAGAGACGGAAAAAUCCUUCAAGGACUUUCAGAAGAGCUUCUCCAACACGGAUGGAGAUGCAGUAAACUGCAUUUCCUCCCAGCUCCCCGACCUGCCAAUCCUCUAUUCUCGAACAGCAGAGCCGCCACCCGGGCAGGACGGGACCAGCAGAGCCGCUGCUGUGUACGCCAUGGAAAUUAAUGUGGAGAAAGACAAACAAACAGGAGAGACCAAGAUUCUCUCUACAUCCACCAUUGGUCCAGAGGGGGUCCACCAGAGAGGAGUCAAAGUCUAUGAGGAUGGUACCAAAGUAGUGUAUGAGGUGCGCUCGGGAGGCACCAUAGUAGAAAACGGAGUGCACAGAUUAAGCUCCAAGGAUGUAGAAGAGCUUAUUCAGAAGGCUGGACAAUCAAGCCUAAGAGGAGGGCCCGUGUCAGAAAGGACUGUGCUUGCAGAUGGGAGCCUCAGCCACCCUAAGGACCACGUGCUCUGCAAAGAGGCCAAGUUAGAAAUGGUCCAUAAGUCUAGGAAAGAUCCCUCUCCCGGGAACCCAGGGCAGCGGGCCCAAGCGCCCAGCACUGAAGGGCCGCAGGCAAACCUGGAUCAGCCCGUCACCAUGAUUUUCAUGGGCUACCAAAACAUCGAGGACGAAGAGGAGACUAAAAAGGUGCUAGGCUAUGACGAAACCAUCAAGGCCGAACUGGUCCUCAUUGACGAAGACGACGAGAAGUCCUUGAGGGAGAAGACCGUGACGGACGUGUCCACUAUUGACGGGAACGCAGCCGAGCUCGUGUCUGGGAGGCCGAUCUCAGACACCACAGAGCCCUCGUCCCCAGAAGGGAAGGAAGAGAGCCUGGCCACAGAGCCAGCCCCAGGAGUUGGGUGGGAGAGUGUGCUGCUGAAGGGCGAUGAGGCAGCCUCGGAUGCCACAGAAGCACCCAGCGCAGACAUGACGGUCAAGAAGCCUCCCCAGCUUUCCGAGGAUGAUAUCCGGCUAACAAGCGAGAGAGACAGCUGUAGUGCCAACCCCCUGGAUCCUGCGAUCAGCUCUCUUCCCCCAGAUCACAAAAACAUGGAAAUUGAGGUCUCCGUGGCAGAAUGUAAAAGCGUUGCCGGGAUCACCUCGACUCCACAUUCCAUGGACCACCCCUCCCCUUUCUACUCGCCCCCGCACAACGGCCUCCUCGCUGAUCACCACGAGUCUCUGGAUAAUGAUGUAGCCAGUGAGAUCCGAUACCUCGACGAGGUGCUGGAGGCCAACUGCUGCGACUCAGCUGUGGACGGAGCUUACAACGGCACGUCCUCUCCGGAGCCUGGCGCGGCCACCCUGGCGGACGGCCCGCGGCCACCUGCCCACGCGGCCGGCCAGCCAGAGCCCGCUGAGCGAGCGGCCGGCAGGCAGACGCCCCCUCGGAUUGAGCUCAGGAAAAGCAACUCUGACCCCAUGGCGGAGGCCGAAAGGGCAAACGGCCACUCCCCUGAGCAGCCCAGGGACCUGCUGGGGGACGGCCUGCAGGCCCCCGUGAGCCCCAGCUCCUCCACCAGCUCGUGGUGCUCGUCCCGCGACGGGGAGUUCACCCUCACCACGCUCAAGAAGGAGGCCAAGUUUGAGCUGCGUGCCUUCCACGAGGACAAGAAGCCCUCCAAGCUCUUCGAGGACGACCAGAGCGAGAAGGAACAGUACUGUGUCCGCAAAGUGAGGCCUGCGGAGGAGAUGCUGGAGCUGGAAAAGGAAAGGCGAGAGCUCAUCCGGAGUCAGGCCAUGAAGAAGAAUCCCGGCAUUGCGGCCAAAUGGUGGAACCCUCCCCAGGAGAAAACCAUCGAGGAGCAGCUGGACGAGGAACAUCUGGAGUCGCACAAAAAGUACAAGGAGCGCAAGGAGAGGAGGGCGCAGCAGGAGCAGCUGCUGAUGCAGCAACAGCAGCAGCAGCCCCCUCCGCAGCUCUCCACAGCCCCCGCCUCCCCUCGGGAACCUUCUGGCAUGACUGCAAAGACCAAGGAGGACAUCGUCACAGAGCAGAUCGAUUUCUCUGCUGCUCGCAAACAGUUCCAGCUCAUGGAGAAUUCCAGGCAAACGGUGGCCAAGGGCCAGAGUUCACCCAGGCUCUUCUCCAUCAAGCCUUUCUACAGGCCACUGGGUUCAAUCAACUCAGACAAGCCACUGACCAUCUUGAGACCAGCUUCCCUCAGGGGUCCUCCAGAAGAUAGUGGCACAUCGGCAGCCAAGGGGCAGAGAGCCCACUGUGUCCCCGAGAGCCAGUCUCCGGGAGGAGGCCAGGGCAGCGCAGCUCCUCAGGGCAGGGAAGGGCCCUACAGUGAGCCCUCCAAACGCGGGCCCUUAUCCAAACUGUGGGCAGAAGAUGGAGAAUUCACAAGUGCCCGGGCCGUCCUCACCGUGGUCAAGGAUGACGACCCUGGGAUUUUGGAUCAGUUUGCAAGGUCCGUCAAUGUCUCUUUGACCCAAGAAGAGCUUGACUCUGGUUUGGAUGAACUGUCAGUGAGGUCCCAGGAUACCACCGUCCUGGAGACCCUGUCCAAUGAUUUCAGCAUGGACAACAUCAGUGACAGCGGGGCCUCCAAUGAGACAGCCAAUGCCCUCCAGGAAAAUUCACUGGCCGAUUUUUCUCUGCCCCAGACUCCCCAAACUGACAACCCUUCCGAAGGCCGAGGAGAAGGCAUCUCCAAGUCAUUUAGCGAUCACGGUUUCUACUCGCCUACAUCCACGCUGGGAGACUCCCCGUCGGUUGAUGACCCCUUGGAAUACCAGGCUGGUCUCCUGGUGCAAAAUGCCAUUCAACAAGCCAUAGCCGAGCGAGUAGAUAGAGCUGUGUCUGGAACCAACAAGGGUGGGUCAGCACAGCAGGGACCCAAAGCAACUCUAGAGGAAGCUGGGACUGGGGCCCGCAGCUCAGAGAAGCCUCAGAGCACAUUUGAGCCACCUCAGGUGUCCUCUCCUGUUCAAGAGAAAAGGGAUGUAUUACCAAAGAUCCUGCCUGCUGAAGACAGGGUGCUCAGGGAACGGGGACCCUCCCCCCCACUGCCAGCAGUGCAGCCCAGUGGCCCAAUAAACAUGGAGGAGACCAGACCCGAAGGGGGCUAUUUCAGCAAGUACUCAGAGGCAGCUGAGCUGAGAAGCACAGCCUCGCUCCUGGCCACUCAAGAGUCCGACGUGAUGGUCGGGCCCUUCAAGCUGAGGUCAAGGAAGCAGCGGACUUUGUCCAUGAUCGAAGAAGAGAUCCGAGCAGCCCAGGAAAGGGAAGAGGAGCUGAAGAGGCAGAGACGAGUCAUGCAGAGCACCCCGAGUUCCAGGGCCAAGAACGCCUUAUCGCUGCCUUCCCGAACCUCGUGCUACAAAACCGCGCCAGGGAAAAUAGAGAAAGUCAGACCUCCUCCAUCCCCCACAGCUGAAGGCCCCAGCUCGCAGCCUGACUUAGCCCCCGAAGAGGCUGCCGGAUCCCAGCGGCCCAAGAAUCUGAUGCAGACCCUCAUGGAAGACUAUGAGACACACAAAUCUAAAAGGCGCGAGAGAAUGGAUGAUAGUAGUGUAAGUGCCUUUCCUUUCACUUCUCCGAGGGCGAACGUAGCGUGCGGUGAUCCAGUUCCAGCACAUGUGUGUAGACAGCUGUCUGCUAGCAUCCUGGUUCCAAGACCGGUUUCCCAGUGUGUGGUUUAACAUGCCUGGAGUUGGGGCUGGGUUUUUGCUUUGUUUCUCAAAAACACUGAUCAUGUGAGGAACAGGUCUUUUUGCUGCCAACUAGAAUUUGAACCCACUGGCAAUGUUAGUGCAUGAGAUGUUUGGUGGGUAGAAAGACACACUGUGCAAGAGGGAAAGAAGAACAUAAAGGCCCUGCAAUUAUCCCAGACACCAGGGAGCUGAUUUCUACCAUCACUGGCCUGCUCUGUAAGGUUAUAUUUCUCUAGAGGACACUGACAAUACUAUUCCAUCAACAUCUACUCUGGGCAAUUCCUGUAAAUGUUACUCAGUGCUCAAAAGACUUGAGUGUGUUUGGGACUGUUACCAAGCCUUGUGUACAACUGGGCAAGAAAGAGCCAUUUAAAAUGACAGUUAAAAACCACACGGCUACCUGCUCCCCUCAACCCUGAGAACUUCACAUGUGAUGUUCACAUUAACCAUGGAGGAGUCAUCUGCCCUGUCGUACUUUCUCCAAUAAGAGACUUAAGGGCUGUUGUUCCAUUGCCAGGAGGCGGGAUCAGCCCAGGGGUCCACGCCAACCUCUCAGGAGUCUUCUGACUGAGGCAUUUAUCGAGGUGAUCACCUCUUCCCCCUGGUUACACUUAGGUCACGGGUAGCUUGGGUCAGUGGAGAGUACCACCCAGUUUACCGGGGACAGUCCUGGUUUCUGCCUGUUGUCCUGGUGUCGUUAUUAAUAGCAUCCCCUUUUGCUCUUAAAAGUGCCCUAGUUUGGAUGAUAAAUUACUUGUUCACCUUAAACUUGAAGGCUGCGGUGCUCACAGGAAGAACUCCAGCCUGACUCACUGCCUUUCAUAUCCCAGUUGGCUAAGUUAAAGGAUUUCUGCAGUUGAUACCCAAUGUUGCUUUCAAAAUAUUUGGUGAUAGAGAAAGCAAACACACCUCCAGCAGCCUAACGGCUCACCUGGCACCUCCCAGGCUCUCUCCUGGGUCUCCACCUAAACUCCUCAGGAUCCCGACUCAGCUCUUCCAUCAGGCUGCAGAGUUUCUGAGCUGUUUUCCUAUUGACCAGGGGAGGGGCCUGGCCCUCAGUGGCUGCUGCAGACUUUUCCACUGCCGGAGCUCCUUCCCUGAGCCCAUAGGACUUUUUCUGUCCCCCAGGUCACUUUAGCUGGCCCUUCUUUGCAGCCCCACUUAAAAUACGGAGUUUACCUUUAGGUAUUUUCUGGAGCCUGUGACCAUUUUGAAACCAAGUGCUAGAAAAAUGGCUGGUAUCUUUCCUCCUGUGAUUCCAGCCAUGCAUCGGCAGCUCCGGGGAGGUUGGCUGAGUGGACCCCUCAUGUUCUGGUGCAGAGGGAGGAGACCAAAGGGACCGCUUAGCAUGUGCACCCUGCGGGUGCUUCCUAAGCUCCCUCUCCGUGCCUCUGUGUGUGCCUAUUGUGCUGAGGUGCAGGUGCUAGAGGGGGAAACUAUGCACAGAAGAGCCCAUUCUUAACUCAUGUCAUAGGCAUUGGCUGAAACCUCUUUUGUGCAAACUCAAAUGCCAACCAGGUUGGGUUUUCCCCGUGCAUUAGUGCGGCUGCUCAGAAUCGGAUUUUAAUACACCGAUUUUUCUUCAUGUAUGCGGUGAAACGGCAGCCUCCUAUCUCUGUUUUUCUUGAGUAAAUAAACAUUUUGUAUAAGGAAGAAACUUACAAACUCAUCAAGUUGAUACCAUCCCCAAAUCUUGGAUUCAAGGUCAAGUGUUUUGCACUGUUACUGAUAUUAUCAGAGAUCCAAGUUUGUCAUUGGAAAUUCUUAGAAAUAGAAUGAAACAAUCCACUAUGGCCCCUUUAAGAGACCCAGAUUUGGAAAAAGCAUAAUCAGAUUGCUCCUAAAGCAAAUAUAUGAUCCGAGCCCCCGUUACCCUGUGUCUUAGCCCUCUCGAUUCAGGGGAUCUUUUCUGUUGCAUCUGCGUCAGUCACUGGAGAACAUGUUGAAGUUUACCUGUAGGCCUUCAUUCGUUUUCCUGGCUGAUUCGUGGCCCCUUCUUUAAUUGUCUCUGAUUCCAGAAGGGUAAUAAAAAGGAGCAGGUGGACUGCUUGAUGCCUGAGCUGUGUAACUGGCUUCCUGCCCCUAGAAGCUGUGCUUCUGUUCUGGCUCCAUUCACACACGCUGUUCUCUGGGCAAACUAUGGCUUCUUAGAUUCUCCACCCUCUAAGAACCUCACAUGGCUCACCUGGGUCCAGGGUCACCCCGGCACCAAUAUUGGUGGGUCCACCUGCCAAUUAUGAGUCCCCCACACAUGACCAGGACCCAACCAUGUGUUUGUCAUAGGAAGUAGCACGCUCUUUCUGAAUGGAAUGAAAACAAUUCGUAUUUGCUGCGCUCCCUAAGGAGAAGGCAGACUUAAAAACAAAAUCGGGUCACUGGGAUGUAUUCAUAGUGACACAUUAGACACAAUGGUGUUAAUGAGCGUGAAGGACUGAAGAAAGA